GCGCCGCGGGAGGGAGCGGAGCGGCGAGCGAGCGAGCGGGAGCACGGGGCAUUUCGGCGCAGCUCCGGAGCCCGGAGCCUCCGAGCCCGACCGGGCGACCGCGGGACCCGAGGACCCAGGGACUCACAGCGCCCGGAAGCCGCGCCGCCGCCGCCAGGUGCCUGGCUGAGGACGUCUUCCCCCGGGAGCCUGUGUGCAAAGGAGGGGCGUGCUGGUCACCAUGACAACAGAGACAGGUCCCGAUUCUGAGGUGAAGAAAGCUCAGGAGGAGGCCCCACAGCAGCCUGAGGUGCCGGCUGCAGCUGCGGCUGCUGCUGCGACCACCCCUGUCACCCCCGCAGGCCACGGCCACCCAGAGGCCAACUCCAAUGAAAAGCAACCGUCCCAGCAGGACACUCGGCCUGCUGAACAGAGCCUAGACAUGGAGGACAAAGACUUCUGUGAGGCUGAUGGCCUGUCAGAGAGGACUACGCCCAGCAAGGCCCAGAAAUCACCCCAGAAGAUUGCCAAGAAGUUCAAGAGUGCCAUCUGCCGAGUCACUCUGCUUGAUGCCUCUGAGUACGAGUGUGAGGUGGAGAAGCACGGCCGCGGCCAGGUACUGUUCGACCUGGUCUGUGAGCACCUCAACCUCCUGGAGAAGGACUACUUCGGCCUGACCUUCUGCGAUGCUGACAGUCAGAAGAACUGGCUGGAUCCCUCCAAGGAAAUCAAGAAGCAGACCCGGAGCAGCCCCUGGAAUUUUGCCUUUACAGUCAAGUUCUACCCCCCUGACCCGGCUCAGCUGACAGAAGAUAUUACAAGGUACUACCUGUGCCUGCAGCUGCGGGCAGACAUCAUCACGGGCCGGCUGCCCUGCUCCUUUGUCACACAUGCCCUGCUGGGCUCCUACGCAGUACAGGCUGAGCUGGGUGACUAUGAUGCGGAGGAGCAUGUGGGCAACUAUGUCAGCGAGCUCCGCUUCGCCCCUAACCAGACCCGGGAGCUAGAGGAGAGAAUCAUGGAGCUGCAUAAGACAUACAGGGGCAUGACCCCGGGAGAGGCCGAGAUUCACUUCCUGGAGAACGCCAAGAAGCUUUCCAUGUAUGGAGUUGAUCUGCACCAUGCCAAGGACUCUGAGGGCAUCGACAUCAUGCUUGGGGUCUGUGCCAAUGGCCUGCUCAUCUAUCGGGACCGGCUGAGGAUCAACCGCUUCGCCUGGCCCAAGAUUUUGAAGAUUUCCUACAAGAGGAGUAACUUCUAUAUCAAGAUCCGGCCCGGGGAGUAUGAGCAGUUUGAGAGCACCAUUGGCUUCAAGCUCCCAAACCACCGGUCAGCCAAGAGGCUGUGGAAGGUCUGCAUCGAGCACCACACGUUCUUCCGGCUGGUGUCCCCGGAGCCCCCACCCAAAGGCUUCCUGGUGAUGGGCUCCAAGUUCCGGUAUAGCGGAAGGACCCAGGCCCAGACCCGCCAGGCCAGCGCCCUCAUCGACAGGCCCGCACCUUUCUUCGAGCGCUCCUCCAGCAAGCGGUACACCAUGUCCCGCAGCCUCGACGGAGCGGAGUUCUCCCGCCCAGCCUCAGUCAGUGAGAACCACGAUGCGGGACCGGACAGUGACAAGCGGGAUGAAGAUGCUGAAUCUGGAGGGCGGCGGUCAGAGGCAGAAGAAGGAGAGGUCAGAACUCCCACCAAGAUCAAGGAGCUAAAGUUCUUGGACAAGCCAGAGGAUGUCCUGCUGAAGCACCAGGCCAGCAUCAAUGAGCUCAAGAGGACCCUGAAGGAGCCCAACAGUAAACUGAUCCACCGGGAUCGCGACUGGGAGCGGGAGCGCAGGCUGCCCUCCUCCCCUGCCUCCCCUUCCCCCAAGGGCACCCCUGAGAAAGCCAAUGAGUCCCAGAGGACCCAGGACACCUCUCAGCAGGACUUGGUACCUGGAACCGCUCCAGGAGUGGAAGUGUUCACUCAGAAAAGCCUCGAAGCGUCACCUGAGGGCUCGGAGCAUUGGGUAUUUAUAGAAAGAGAGUACGCUAGGCCCGAAGACCUGGGUCUUCUAACACUGGCUACCACGCAUCGGGAAGAAAGGGAGGCUGGCCUUGGUAUUCUUGCCGAUGGCAGACUCUCCAAGGUAGACGUCCUGGUGGACAAGUUCAAAGUUGAAGUGGCCACAGAAGAAAUGGUAGGAGUCCGAAGAGCAAGCACCCAGCAGCAAGGCAGGAUAAUUGCAAGUCCAGAAUACUUUGAGUCAGCGCGGAAGGAAGGCCUGUGGGUCCGGGGAGACUCUGCAGGGUCUGCCCAGGCUGCGGGCUUUGUGUCAUCAGACAAGAUGCUCGAGAGCUCUGAGCUUAGGGCAGGCAUCCGUGAGGCCGCUGUCAGCAGCCGCCGCCGCUCAGAGGGUCAGCCGGAGGGCCAGGUGGAGCUGAGGAAGGGGCUGAGGGCAGAUGGAAGAGCCGCGGCUGCAGAGGCCACCCCAGCGGAAGUGGACAUUCCUUCUCCCGCCUCUGACAAAGGAGGACUCCAGUCCUUCCUGUUGGACCCAGCUCACGCAGAAGCCAGAGCUGACUCGAGCGAUGAGACGGAUACCUCCUGUGCAGAGAGGAGCUUCUACCUAAACUAUGGGGAGAGAGACCCUGGAGACCAAGGCCUCCCUCCACCCCCAGAGGAGAGAGAAGAGCCCCUGGAUGACCUUCCUGGGGGCCAGGCCAGCCUGGAACUGCUGGGGGAGCUCCCGGAGAUUGGGGAGCUCAUUUUUUCAGCCCCGAGGGGCUCUGUCACAGCUUCCAGCAGGAGCAAGGAUGAUGCCUGCUCAGCUUCCUCAGACCAAGAGGCCAGGCUCCCCAGGAGCCUUGGAAGCGCCGAUGACCCACUGGGACCUUCUCCAGGGCAGCGGUUUGCUGAGGGCAGGGAGGUAGAGAGAGGGUGGACUCACCCCAUAGCCAGUGCGUCUGAAGAGGAAGAGGCCCCUGUGAGGGGAGCUUUGACGGGAAAGGAGGAGGAAAAUCCCGCCACGAGAUUGAACAAGCACUCCCCUAAUAGAGGAGGGGUGGUGCACCUGGACCCCCAGGCCUGCGCUCUUCUGCAGACCAUCCCUUCUCAUGUUAGAAGGCCCGCCAGACCAGACAGAGGCAACUUGCUGUCUAGAGACCAGGGAGCAGUUCCCAUGGAAACCAGGGAACUUGGGACCAGAGACCGACAGGCCUCAGAGACUCACCACAUGGAGGUGAUCAUCCCGCUACCAGCAUCCCCGGAUCACGGUGAGGAUCUGGAGGGAGUUUCUCCACACCCAGGCCCUGCCGGGCCACAGCUAAGGGAUCCCUUUGGAGAGCAGUUCCAUGUAUUUCUCAAACAUAUCCAUCCUCCUCAAGAGAGCUCAGAGCCCAAGGACCAGGUUGGGUUAAUGGUGUCUCCUGACACAAGAGGGGAGCGCAGGGCACCAGCAGUGGCCAGCAAAAAGCCUCGGAUUGUCCCUGGAGACGCUGAGGGAGUUGUACCCCUAGGAUUGGUGUUCCCUUUGGGGAAGCAAAAAGAAAUGACUCCUCUUCAGGCUGGGGACCAAGAGGGCUCUCUGGAAGAUAUUAGCAAAACCUCAGUGGCCAACAAAAUUCGGAUAUUUGAGACCCACGGAGCUGAGCCUCACCGAGCCAGUCAGGGUGAAACAAGGGCCCUUCCAAAUGAGCUGACCUCGGAGGCCUCCACAGGACAGGUAGAGCUACAGCGGAAUAAGCUUCCAGACCUGGGGUUUGUCCAACUCCAGCCCCCAGAGGACUUCACCAGCCCCAAAGACACACCUUCCUCUGCCAUGCCUCUGGCUACCCGACCCUUCGGGGAGGGCAUUUCCGCUACAUCCCACCAGGAAAGAGGCUUAGAGCUGGAGCUCAUGUCUCCCGAUUCAGGCUGCGAAACCACGUUGGAGGAAGCUACUGGAAACAAACCCGAAGAUGCAGUCAGGGAAGAGAAGCACGUGACCAGCUUAGCAGCGAACGCCCCUGAGAAAGGGGGGCGCCUGAGAUUCGCCAGCCCCCCGGGCCCUCAGAGAGCAGGGCUGAGGGAGGGCUUGGAGGAGAAAGCCAAACCACUGCGUCCUCGGGCCCCCGAGAGUGACACCGGCGAUGAGGACCAGGACCAGGAGAGGGAUGCUGUGUUCCUGAAGGACAACCAUCUGACCAUUGAGCGCAAGUGCUCCAGCAUCACGGUCAGCUCCACGUCCAGCCUGGAGGCUGAAGUGGACUUCACAGUCAUUGGUGACUACCACGGCAGCGCCUUCGAAGACUUCUCCCGUAGCCUGCCCGAGCUUGACCGCGACAAAAGCGACUCCGAGACCGAGGGACUGGUGUUCUCUCGGGACCUUAAGGGGCCUUCAAGCCAGGAUGAGGAGUCAGGGGGCAUCGAGGACAGCCCAGAUCGAGGGGCCUCUUCCACCCCUGAAAUGCCCCAGUUUGAGCCUGUAAAAGCAGAAACCAUGACUGUCAGCAGUUUGGCCAUCAGAAAGAAGAUUGAGCCCGAGGCUGUACUUCAGAGCAGAGUCUCCACUGUGGACAGUGCCCAGGCUGAUGGGAGUGCUACGGUGGGAAAGGACUUCAUGACAACUCCCCCCUCCAUUACCACGGAGACUAUAUCGACCACCAUGGAGAACAGUCUCAAGUCCGGGAAGGGGGCAGCUGCCAUGAUCCCAGGCCCACAGACGGUGGCCACGGAAAUCCGUUCUCUUUCUCCGAUCAUCGGGAAAGAUGUCCUCACCAGCACCUACGGCGCCACCGCGGAGACCCUCUCAACCUCCACCACCACCCAUGUCACCAAAACUGUGAAGGGAGGGUUUUCUGAGACAAGGAUUGAGAAGCGAAUCAUCAUUACUGGAGAUGAAGAUGUUGAUCAAGACCAGGCUCUGGCAUUGGCCAUCAAGGAGGCCAAGCUGCAACAUCCCGACAUGUUGGUAACCAAAGCUGUCGUAUACAGAGAAACAGAUCCAUCCCCAGAGGAAAGGGACAAGAAGCCACAGGAAUCCUGACCUCUGUGAAGAGAUACUGCUAUGUCUGGUCCAACCCAAGCCAGAGAACCGUGAAGAAGGGGCCUUCGUUCUGGAUUCUCCGACACAACACUGAUGUCCCAGCUGCGACGUCCUGUCACGGAUGAGAGACUGGGAAGGGAAAAGCAUAUAUAUAUAGAUAUAUAUAGAUAUAGAUAUAUAUACAGGAAACACCGCGUCCUUGCACUUGCUGCUGGGGCUGGCGGAGCAGUCAGCUGACGGCAUCAUCCAACAUCUGCCACAAACCUACAUUUCCUUCGCAGACAAAUUGAAGAAUUGGUGGGGUUUUGUUUUGGUUUUGGUUUGGUUUUCAGGAAAAAAAAAUAUAGCAAUCAUACUUCCUUUGCUCCCCCUCUUCCCUGGCUGAAACACAAAAGCAGACCACGAUGGUGGUAGCAACCCCAUUCCACUUGGGGUGUCCAUGGUCCAGCUUAGUGGACAGCGCUGUGUUCUUCAGUCUGCUGCCCCCUAGGUGCAAAGGAAAAUGAUCACACAGCUAAGCAAAGAGGUCACGGCCAGACACACACAGGUCAGCUAUUUUCUGAGAAAGAAAGGAGAGCAAGAAGAGAAAAGCAAGCAAACAACAAAAAGGAAGAAAAGAAAGAAAGAAGGAGAAGGAAAAGAAAGGAACCACCCAUUUAGAAAAGAGGAAGAGGAACACUGGAUUAUUAUUUUGGGGGUCUUGACACUGGGCUGCAAAAUCUACCUUCUCCCGCCUCCCUCACCCUGAGCUCUCAUGUCUUGUCACCUCAGUUUUCCUCUGCCCCCGCCCCUCCCUCUCUGUGUCCUGGUCCUGCUAAGGGCCACUGCAGAUGACAUUUAUUUGAAAUGAGAGAGAGCGAGAAAAAAAAGCAAGAACAGAUAACAGAAGCGUCUGGAAGAGAAGUAGACAUUGUAUGUUUCUGGUUUCUCAUGACCAAGGUGCAGCUCGUAGGAGAUUUGUAUGGAUGUGCUUUUAAGUUAUGUAUAUUAUAUAUAGCAGGAAACAUAUUAAAAUAAACAGUGCUGGUAAGUAUGAUGCUGACAUUUUCAAGUUCUAAUUAUCUGACUGUGAUUCAUGUAUCUCCAGGUUUCUAGGUCUUGCUGAACUGGCCCAGCUGAGACUGGACCCUGCCUGUGGCCAGCUCCCUUGAUGGGAGGACGGUUCAGUGUAGUAAAACUGUGUGUGGUAUUUGUAACUGGGUGAUUGGUGGGGAGAGCUGGGUCCCCCGCCUCAAAGGAAGGAUGGGGGUUUGGCAACGGGGAAGCAACAGAAAUAGUUACCAGCAAGCCAGUGUGAGAUGCCUUCUCUCGCAGUUGUAGCCAGGACUUGGUCUGUGUGCAGGCACUGAGUCUGGAGUCGGGACCGAGACUAACAGUGCAGGUCUCCCAGCUCUCCCCUCCUACCUCCUUGGGGGCUUGCCUUGGUUUCUAGUCCUCCCUUUAUUUUAUUAUUACUUUUGCCACAUCUUGCCCUUUUCUGACCACACUGUAAUAAACUAGCACCAUGCCCAAAAGAAGAAGGUGCCUCUGAAGGUAGGCAUGGUGGCUUUCAUGGGGCUCCCCAAAAUGUCCAGCUCAGUCUCCUACCCCUCUUCCAUUUUGGAAUUGUUCUCUUCUUCCUGAGCCAAAAUAGCCAUAAUAAAGCGACCAGAGCAUGUCAGGUUCUGAUGGAUCAAAACUGCACUUCCAAAGGCCUCACCUGCCCAGAACAAUGGGAAGUGAGGGGUGGUGUCUCUCACAGGGCAGUCUCUGCCUUAGACCGUGGCUUGGGAGUCCUCUCUCACAGUCAGAAUCUGAGCCCUGAGCCCUCAGAGUCCCAGAAAUGGCCUUAAACCACAGGAGCCCUUGGAGAAAGCCCUGUCACAAGCACACAUGGGCUGGGCUCACUCCAGCUUGCUCUGAGAGACAAUGCUCCAUGGCCCUUUUGCUUUCUCAGUCUAGUCCUGCUUCUACAGCAUUGAAUAAAUUCACUCAACAAAUAUUCAUCCCCUUGCGCCAGGCACUGUUGUCAGGCUGGAGAGAAGUGUGAAGGGAGAGAAGGAAUCCAGGAAACCACUUUCUAUCCCUACCCAUGGCUGACUCAUCUGAGAUCUUUCUCCCCCUCCCUCUAACCUUUUGGACCUAGCUCUGGGAUGACCCCAGAGGCCCCUGUCUAGAUGUGCCUCCACUGUUUGCCUGCCAUACACCCUAGCUACUCCCAUGGUGCUGGCUUAGAGCAGGGUAAGAAACUAGAAUAGCUUUGAUCUUGGUGAGCAAAGGGGAAGUAGAACAGGGCUGUCAGAUGACAGACUGAUGCCCCCGCUACACACACAUACACACAUACACACACACACACAAGCAUACUUUCCCUGCUCCAAGUUUUACGUACAAUCACGGUGAAAAAGCUACAGAACCUUCCUCCUGCCCUUUUCAACUUGAGAUCUCCCACCCAUUCUGGGCCGAUAGCUGGAGUGGCAUGAUCCUCUUUAGGCUGCUAAGAAUUUGGCUACCCCCCCCCACCCCCCACCGCAUAGGCAGGCACAAGCCAUCCUGAGCACACUAUACACACUGCAGAGGGAGGAUCUUUGUUGUGGCUCUUGCACUUGUCUCUAGACCUUGGAGGUAUGGCCUCAGGACAGGAAUGAAGUAUCCCAGCUUAGCUGGAGGGCUGCUAGUGUUCGGGACAAUCUCCAUCCCAUUGGAUGCUUUGAGCUUCCGCAGAGAGGCAGGCAGUGACACCAGGGAGGAGGGGACCUGCAAAGCUGAAAUAUAGGGCACUGUUUCCUCCCCAUAGAGAAUAGAGACGUUUGUCUUGUCUGCCUUCAAUCUAUUUUCCCUUUUUUUUGUGCUUCUCGUCUUCCCUGUGCUGCCUCUGUGGUCCAGGAGGCCAGGUAGCGUUGUGGGAAGUGUCCUGGAGAGCCCUCAGGAUCCUGCGUGACCAUCCUGGCUCUGCCUCCAACUCACUAUGUGACCAACUGGGCUAGUCUCAUUCUCUUUUGGGGCCUCAGUUUCCCUGCCUUCAGAAUGAACAGAGUAAAAUAGAUGCUCUCCAGGGAUGGUUGUUGUUUUUGUUGUUGUUGUUGUUUCAUUUUUUCCCCACUCUGCCAUCUUACCUUUAUUUUUGCUUAUUUUGCUCUCUCUGGAUCUUUUCCAUCUGAGGGUACAGGAGGUAUCAGUUUUUGAAUCCUGCAAGCACAUUUCAAGACUGGCCUGAAAUUGCAUGAGAAACAUCAUUCUAAAUAUAUAUAUAUUUUUUUUCAAAAGCACCUUACCGACCAACUGCAAUGCUGUCCUGUUCCUUUUAGCUCACACCCCUCUCUCCUCUCUCGUCCCCAUGCUCCCCCACCUCAGUGCUCCGUGCUGUAUGCGUGUGCUCUCUGUUCUUGUAUACUCAAUAAAAGUGAAAUAAAUGUGUUUGAUGCUGAA